GAGGUCAAGGUCGUGGUCGAGGUCGUGAUCCAGUUUCGGUACAAUAUGAUAUUCCUAGUGCCAGUCAAAGUCGGGGCCGAAGCCAAAGACGAGUUGAAGGUUAUGAUAUGCCUGACAUUGCUGUGGAGGAUACCUCCUUACCUGAUUCUCCUCCUGUCCAGGAAGAGUACCUUACUCAUGCUUUUCCAGGUGGACCGACUGAUCCGUCAAUACUGCGGAGUUUCAAUAGUCAUGUGGCUGUAGCUAUUUGGCACGGGGAGGAACGAGGGCCCCUAAAGUGUCAUAAUCACUCUUCCAAGAUCCUUGCAUGGCCAUGGUGGUUAGUAGAGAACAACACCAGAUUCAAAGCCAUUAUUGAGCAGUCUGGACUGUCACAGUUAGCUCGUUGCACUUAUCGGUUUGUCAACAAGCUUCUAAUCUCCAGUUUUGUUGAGAGAUGGUAACCUGAGACGAACACAUUUCACAUGACAGUUGGUGAGAUGACCUUGACCCUGGAUGAUGUUGGCACU